CUUUGAGUCCGAUAACAAGUGCUAUUAGGAGACUGUUUUGUUUAUAAUUGCAUGUGCUUCUAUAGUUUUGAUAUAUUAAUUUUGAAUUGUUUUUAAAUAGAAAUGAGAAGUUAGUGACGACUUAAAUAACCUUAAUAAAAGUUUAAUAUGGCCGAACAAUCCAGUAGUCGAAUAUUUACCGGCUCCAGAGUUUUAGGUUAUGUCAGCACUCAUGUGCCAUUUGUUGCUAGAUAUAUCAAAAGACGUGGUGAAACUCUCCUUUGUACCAGUGUCGGAAAAUGGUUUCAUACAUAUGGAUGUGAAAAGUUUCGUUUGCUAACUGUAAGCGGAGAACAUCCCGGUCCGAUAACUUGUUUGAGCGGCGACAAUUAUCAUGUCUACACUGCUAGUGAAAAUAACAUUUACGCCUGGAGACGUGGCUGUGAACUUAAACAUGUCUAUAAAGGCCAUAAUGCACCUAUACAUUUAUUGUUACCAUUUGCUGUUCAUUUAAUUUCUAUUGAUGAAGAUAAUGUUCUUAAAAUUUUUGAUAUAAAGGAUGAAUCAGAAUUUUUAGAGCUGAUUUUUGAAAAGAAACAAUUUAAAAUAACCACAUUAUGUCAUCCACCAACAUACCUAAACAAGAUAUUGCUUGGGAGUCAACAGGGGAAGCUUCAGUUGUGGAAUGUCCGGACAUCUAAAUUAAUACAUACAUUUAGUAAAUGGAACUCUGCAGUGACAGUUCUAGAACCUGCUCCAGCUGUGGAUGUUGUUGCUGUAGCUCUGGCAAAUGGGAAAAUAUAUCUCCACAACUUGCGUUAUGAUCAGACUGUUGUUGAUUUUACCCAUGAGUGGGGAAAGAUUAGUUGUCUAUCGUUCCGGUUAGACGGAGUUCCAAUGAUGGUGACAGGUAGCACAGCAGGGCACAUUGUGAUGUGGGACUUGGAAGAGAGGAGAGUACUGUCGCAGAUUCAGAGUGCACACUCAUCACGAAUAGCUGGUCUACAGUGCUUAAUGUCUGAACCACUUAUGGUCACAAACUCCCAAGAUAACUCCUUAAAGUUGUGGAUUUUUGAUAUGCCUGAUGGUGGAGCAAGAUUAUUGAGGAUCAGAGAGGGACAUUCUUUACCUCCAACAUUGGUACGACACUGUGAACCUACAGGAGAAAAUCUACUAGCUGCUGGAUCUGAUAGAAGUCUACACAUCAUGAACACUAUCACAGAAACAUUUAAUAAAAGUAUGGGUAAAGCAUCAUAUGAUAGAAAGAAAUCUAAAAAGAAAAAAAGGCUGCAAGUGGACCGCUUUGCUUUACCACCUAUAAAGAAGUUAAGUUCGUGCAUACAAAGAGAUAAACAGUGGGAUAGCAUUGCUUCAAUACAUGAGAACAAGGCAUUAGUUACUACAUGGUCCUUCCACAAAAUAUGUAUGGGUGACCACAAACUUAAGCCUGAGGACCUUGAAAAAGGCACUAAAGCUACUUGUUUAAUUGUUACACACUGUGGAAAUUUUGUUAUUAUUGGAUAUAGCAAUGGCUCUGUACAUAGAUUUAAUAUGCAAUCGGGAAUACAUAGAGGUAAUUAUGGUAGCCAAGAAAUGCCAGCGCAUAAGGGUGCUGUCCGAGGUGUAGAGACGGAUCUUUGUAAUCAGCGAGUCAUAACAGCGGGUGCUGAUGAUACACUCAAGUUUUGGUAUUUCAAGACAGCAACAACACCUUAUCGUGUGAUUAGAUUAGAGGAAACGGUCAGCAUGACUAAGUGUCACAGAGAAAGUAGUCUAUUAGCCCUCGCUAAUGAAGACUUUUCCAUUACACUGGUAGAUAUAGACACUAUUUCUAUUGUGAGGAAGUUUGAAGGACACACUGGCGUUAUAAACGACAUUGAUUUCGAUUCGCAGAGCCGGUGGUUGAUCAGUACGGCCAUGGAUUGUACUAUUUGCACCUGGGACAUACCGAGUGCGCAGCUCGUUGAUAUAUUUUCGGUGCAGCGCCCAUGUACGUCGUUAAGUAUAUCACCGACCGGAGAUUUCCUGGCCACGACUCAUGUUGGGGAAUUAGGCGUGUUUCUGUGGGCUAAUAGGCUUUUGUACGAGAAAAUCUUCCUAAAACCAAUUGAUAGAAAUGUUGUUGAUAUACCAGUGUUGCGGUUACCAACUACAGCUCCAGAGAAACCAGAUAUAGAAGACAUAGGAGUAUUAGAUCUUGGCGAUGAACCGGAAUACAAAUCACCUGAACAACUUAGCGCAGAAUUAAUAACAUUGUCCAACCAAUCAACGUCUAGAUGGCUAAACCUCUUACAUUUGGAUGUUGUUAAAAAACGAAACAAACCGAAAACACCAAUCACUGUACCCAAAUCAGCUCCAUUCUUUUUGCCUACAAUACCGAGUUUAGAGCUAGAAUUUGAUUUAGAUAAGGAAAAAAACAGUAGUAAUGAUACAAAACUAUUAAUGCCUGAUGAAUUGACUACUUUAACAGUAUUUGGCAAGAAAUUAGUUGAUUGCGAUAGUGAAGAUAGUUACAGAGAAUGCAUAGACAAAUUAAAAACUUUCGCUCCGGCUACUAUUGAAGUAGAAGUGACGAGUAUGGCGCCCGACGCAGGCGGUUCCGUAGAAGUAAUGGAUAAAUUCCUUAUUAUGUUAAACAUCAUGUUGACAAGUAAUAGAGAUUUUGAACUUGCUCAAUCAUAUUUGAGUUUAUUCUUAAAGACUCAUACUAAAAUUAUUUCUGAAAAUGAACAGUUACGCAAAACUUUAGUGUCUGUGGAGGAAACCGUGACGCGAGCAUGGACGAAAUUAGAAAAUCAAUUGUUAUAUAAUAUUUGUGUUGUUAAAACUCUGAAAGAUAUGUAAUAAAAAUUUAUAAAUA